AUCUUUACUCACAACCUCGCCUCAGUCCGGACGUGGCCGCGGGCGGGGCGGCACGUGUCGUGCGCGCCUCGCGAUUACCAUUGUUUUUAUCUGCACCUUUGUUUAAUUCCAUCCGAAUACAAUCGAUACGAGGUUCCAGUGUAACCAUAUGGCCUAGAAGCAUCAUUUCGAUGAGAUUCAAGUGUUUUACAACAUAUUUGUGACAAUAAAGUGUUAUCUGUAGCUAGAUAUGCACAUGAAGGUGGCUUAUUGACAAGUGAAACUCUUUAUCGUUCCAUUGAAUACGGCUCUGUUUGCAGUUGUUGAUGAACUGAAAACGUGCUAGUGGUCCCUGUUAUAAAGGAAAGCAUGCAAAUCAAUAAACGUUUGCAUACCCAGCUGCGAGUAGCCGAGAGCUCUUACUGUGCGGUUUAUAUCUUCGCUGCAUAUUGAUUGCUUUUCAACCAGGAUCACUGCAAAUUGUUGACCACGAUUGCAGACAGGCGGGUGUGUGUGGCGGUAUUUUGAAGACUGAAUAGUUCAUUGGGCCUUACUGAAGACAAGAGUCAUUUUUUAUUGUAAGAGCAAAUGCUCGUGAUGAUGCGAUCAGACGAUAGCGUCAGAUAGCUGCCCGGAGGCCACGAAUAAUGGGUGCGAACAUGGGCAAGAAUUCGAGCCUGCUGGACGCCCUGCCGUCGGCGCAGGGCACGCUGCACGUCGUCAUGCUCGGCCUCGACUCCGCCGGCAAGACCACAGCGCUGUAUCGGCUUAAAUUUGACCAGUACCUUAACACCGUCCCCACUAUAGGCUUUAACUGCGAAAAAGUCAAAGGCACUAUAGGCAAAUCGAAAGGCGUCAACUUUUUGGUUUGGGACGUCGGAGGACAAGAGAAACUGCGACCGCUUUGGAAAUCCUAUACGCGGUGCACAGACGGUAUAAUAUUUGUAUUGGAUUCGGUGGACGUCGAACGUAUGGAGGAAGCCAAGAUGGAGCUGAUUAGGACAGCGAAAUCACCAGACAAUACGGGCGUACCGAUUCUGGUGUUAGCGAAUAAGCAAGACUUACCAGGAGCUAAGGAGCCGCGGGAGCUAGAGAAGUUGUUGGGACUGCACGAGUUGGUGUCGUCGCCGCACGGCUCCCGCGACGGCCACUCGUGGCACGUGCAGCCCGCCUGCGCCAUCACCGGCGACGGCUUGCACGAGGGCCUCGAGGCGCUCUACGAGAUGAUACUCAAGCGGAGAAAACUAGCCAAAUUGCAAAAGAAACGCGUCAGAUAAAUCAAAGAUUAAUAAGAUACAUAUGCGAGAAGUAUUAUAAAAUGCUCAUUUUGUGGAUAUUUUCAAUCGAUGUCCAAUUUUAAAACACCAAAUAUUGUUUUUACGAUAGAUGUAUAACGUCUUAUGAAAAUAUUCCAUCAUAAUGUUGCUCAAGUUGUAUUUGACAUUUUGACGAAAAAGAAUAUUUUGAUAAAAGUUAUUUAAUCUACUAGUCAUUUUCUUUUGAAAAUAGCUAGGUGAAGGAUGAAGAUUUUGGAAAAGAAGAGAUUUUAGGUGACACUACUUAUGCCAUAAUAAUCCGAUUCUUAUAAGUAUUUUUGAUGAAACUCAAAGAAGUGUAGCUUCUUCAAUACCCAUAAAGAAACUAACCAUAACUCAAACAAUGCGGCUCACUACACGGUGGGACCACUAGCUAAAUAAAUCUUAAAUAAAUAGAUGUUUUAAUAUUUUCGGUGUUUCGGAAUAAAUAGCUGAUACUUUAGACUGAAUACACGUUUUAUAUGUAAUACGGUAACUGUGUGACUGCUUUUUUACAAUUAUAACUUCUCAAUAGAACUUAAAAUAUAACAACGAUUUUCCCAUCUAUAUUUCGGUUGCGAAUCCUUAUCUUCAUCCUCAUAUUUUCUUUGAAAAUCCGUACCAAAUUAUCUUCAGUAGCCAGUUAUAUUAGUCUGUAGAUGUUAUUUAUAAAAUAAUGUGAUGUUCUAUAUGUUAAAAUUACAGAGGCUUUUAAUGUUUGUGUUUUGGAUGGCUUCUUUUUUGUAAAUAAAAUGUAAAUAGACGUAGAAUAUAAGGGAAUAUAUGUAUUUCUUCAGGCUGGCUACAAUAAACGUAAUGGCGUUAUAUUUUGGGGAAUUAUUUAAUCAACUCGAUGACAUUUGUACACGGGGAACAUUCACUAAAAUCUGGGGGUCUCUUACAUAAUUGUUUAUAAUAUCACAUUUGUGUUGUGAGACUAUGCUGUUAUACAAUUCUGAUACCUAACAUUUUUUAUUUAUUUUAAAAUUAAAUUUGUUUAACCUAGACCAUCCUUGCAAAUUGUACCAUCCAUCGCCACCAAAUUUUUUUAUAGUCAUCUUAUUAAUUUAAUAAUUAACCUUUUUUGCAAGUUAUCUAAAUCAAAUGAUAGAGCAAUUUAGUUUUCAAACUUUUCGAUAGCCUAGUUUCAUAAUCAUUACAAUUGGCACUCUGUCUUGUCUAUUUUUAAAGGAGUUAAAGGGCUCCUACGCAGGGAUUCAUUAAAAAAUUGAAUGUACUUGUUUCAAUUUAGCGUUUGUUUUGCCUCUAUAAUAAAAGCAUAAACAAAAUUUGUAAUUGACCACAAAAAUAUUUUGUAUAACCUAUGCUGUUUCUUAGAGUUAUUGUUCUUAACAGGCAUUAUUACCACCCGAAGGGUUUUCAAACAUUUGCCUUAAUAUUAUUUCACCUAAGAGCUUUAAAAUACUAGACAUACUUAAAGCUGAAUAUGUAGUUGUAUCUAUUGUUUGAUAUAAAUGAUAAUUUUAUUUAUUUAUUUACUCAUAGAUUUGUAUUAUUUAGUGUAUAUAUCCUAAUGUACCUACCGAAUUAAUAUGAUAGUUUUACCAGAGUUUUGUUUUACUUAUCGUGUACAUAUGUAAAUUCCAUCUAAAUAUGCAUCGAUACCAAGCAACCAAACAAUUGUCAGUAGAGAAUGUACAUUUUGUUAAUCAAUGUUUGUUUUAUAUAUCAAUUAAAUACUUAUCAUUACUGUAUUGUGUUUCACAACAAAUAGGUAAACGUUUUUCAUAUUGAUUCUCGUAAAUAGUCUGUUUUCAAUAUC